UUGGACUGAGUUUGCGGCAGCAUCAUGGCAGCCACCCAAUCCGGUACAAUAACCGAUUCGUCCAAAUUCGUGAUAUCUCUUCUUGCAACCGAACGUCGACCAUCCCUUCGUGCUCGCCGAUCACUAUCUCUCAGAUACAGGCCGAUGCCUCCUGACGCACUGCGCCUGCCUCCUGGACCUCCCUUGUCCACGCCUAUGCCGCUUUCUGGUGCAUUGCAGUCAGAUAUGUCUCGGUCGUACGCCCACUCUAAGCGAAGAGCAUCCCCCUCCUUCGAGGACGUGCAAGUGGAGUCUAGUAGGAAGAGACUGAAGGAUGAUCCGCAAGACGUGCCUGCGGGCGGUAGUGAGGCCACUGGACAAGUGGCUACGGCGACCGUAAACGGCGAAGCACUUGCGAACGAACUGGAACAAGAACUGCAGUGCGCAUGCUGCUCUGCGCUCGUGUAUCGGCCAGUGGUGGUGGUGCCAUGUCAACAUUUCUUCUGUGGAAGCUGUAUAGUAAUGUGGAUCCGAAAUGGGGGAACGAACUGUCCUGCAUGCAGGGGCAUGUCAACCGUUGUCACUCCUUCGCGCGCCUUGCAGACAAUGGUCGAUGUCCUCCUCCGACAUGCGCCGGAAAGAGCGCGACCAAGCAAUGAACGCAUACAAGCGGACGAGAUAUACCGGACUGGAGUAUCGCUCAGGAUUCCUAGCCCGAGGCAACAAUCUCCCGAGCCGAACCUCCAGCCCCGGAACACGAAUUACGUGCAGCCUUGCCCCCACUGUGCCCCCGGCAACCAGUACGGGUGGAUCUGCCCGCAACCCAUCGCGGAUCCGGAAGUUGACCCUGAUCAUGCCUGGCACACGGAAGAGGGCGCCCCGCCUGGGCAUGCGUAUUGCGGAAACUGCGAGAACGUCCUCGCGUCAACAGCGCCCACAACCACCAAGUGCGACUUCUGCCAGGUGUCUUUCUGCGGGAUUGGUAUCCCGGGUCGCUGUGUGGCGGCACCGCUCCUUAUGCAGUAUCCCCAUGGCCUGUCGGACAUCUCCGACCUCAUACAGUGUGGCGAGAUCUACGACUGCUUCGACUCGAAUACCGUAGAAGUGGACAUCAUGCUCGACUACUUGACCGCACAGCGUCUGACGCCGAGGCACAUCUAUCGCGAAAUCGUCGCGUAUAUACAAACUUCACCGCGCCAGUUUGCGCCCCUCAUCGAAUUGGACCUCUUCCAGGACGUCCACAACGUCGCAGGUGGGCCGGACCCCGGCCCAACUGCACAUCGGAGCCGAAUCUGCCGGCUCUGCGCGACCGAGGUGUUCCUUUGGGGCCUGCGCGAUUGGUGGGUCCGAGAGCGGAGGAAGGGCUUCCUGGAAGAAUACGUGACCAGGCGACCCGACUGUCCUGAAGGGAGUGGGUGUGACCGACAGAAAGACCAUGACAAUCACAUCAUCAUCCCGCAAGAUGCACCUGCGGCGACGUCUGCGUCCUCUUCUGGAGCUGGGCCAGCUGCGGCGCCCACUACGUCCGCAAGGCCAGCCCCGCUGUAUUUGCCCUUGGCGACUUCGUCUGGCGAACGCUCCGCAUUACCGCCCUUUCUGCCUCCAGUACCUCCUUACGAAGCGGAAGCGGAUCUCGCCCUGCUGUCACAGUUUUCUGCGGCGGUAUCUGCACCGGCGUCGUCACAGGACUUCCGGGACGAGGUUGACGCGAUGCUAUGAAGGGUGUUUCUCUAUUUUUGAUACCGUUCUUCUGGGCAAAUUGGAAUGAUUGGGAGGUAUCAUCGACGUACACGGCUCGUUCUCAUCACUUCAGCUUCAGGUAGGUGUCUUAAUACUCGGCCCCUCAUCAUCUUCUCAUGCCCUUACUGUGGAUCGUGUACAUUAUAGCUCAUCUGUACCACAUCAUGCAUCGUUUCUGGAAUAUAUGACUUCGGUAUAGCUUCACUCAGCACUGAGAGGCUAACACCUGGUAUUGACUAUUAAACGCAGCACGGUCUAUACAACAAUAAUA